AUAUUACCAAGUUAUUAACUAAUGUCUUCAAGUAAUGAAUCGUCGUUUAGGCGUAGGGCAUUGCAACGCAUGUAUGACUUCUCGUCAACGAUUUCAGAUAAUCACGAGGGGAAAAAUAGGGGCUUGGCAGCGGAAGCAGCAGCAUCUAUAUUUGGGAGGGAGAUUGAUCGAUUGAAUGGCAGACCAAGCUCUUCAGAGGACUUGGACGAAGACGAGGAACUGAUUUCUAGUACGGGAGAGCUGGCGAGAACGGGUCAUUUUGUAGACAGCUUGCUUGAAAAAUUAUUAAAACAUGCAAUUGCUGAAGAUGAUCCAGAGAGGUUGCUUUUACAUCAAAAAUUCAAGGAUCCGGAAAGGUCUAAGAGACCAAACCUUUCAUUCAAGAUAUUAGUAUCCAACUUUAGGACUUUGAGUGGUAGGAUGUCUGGAUUAUUUGCAGUUCAGUACGGAAUAAUUCGAAUCGUUACAUGGAAACGUCCAUCAAAGACCAUAUCUUUACUUGUACUUUACACCUGGUUGUGUCUUUGGCCACAUCUUAUUUUGGCAUAUCCAUUAAUUUUCUUGAUAUUUGGAGUUAUGAUCCCAGGAUAUCUUCAUAGACACCCAACAAGAACUCCACCUCUUAUAAAAGUGAAGAAAAGGGGCCAAUCUUUACUCGAUUUCUUCAACCAAUCUGAGGAUAGAAGUAUUGUUAGUGACUUAAUGGAUGAUCCGAUUGAAGAUAGAGUAGAAUUGGCAGCGAAGGCUGAAAGUCAGCUGUUGACAUCGUCCGCCGCUGAAACAACCGCUGAAUCCACGUCCAUAAUAGAUCCAGAUGUCACAGCGGAAACAGAGCAAGAAGAAGAUUCUUCGUCAUCCACGACAACUAGUGAUCGUCGUGGUAAUCGUGAAUCAAAGUCACAUUUCAAAUCCCAGAUAACUUUGAUGAUGAAUAUGAGAGACUUACAGAAUCUCACCACCGAUAUCAUUGAAGGGUAUGAUGCUGCAGAAGUAUUUUGGUAUCAAAAGGCAGGGUUUAAAGAUGAAAACCUAUCAACUCUUAUCUUCUAUGAUGUCAUUAUAGCAACUGGAAUUGUGUUGUUCUUUGGUCCUUACAUACCAUGGAGGAUAAUUUUUAUUCAAUCGGGAUGGGCAGGUCUAAUCCUUUGUCAUCCAAAUAGUAAAAAAUACAUUCAACAGAUUCAAUUUUUUCCAUCAAACGUCAAGAGAAAAGCAAGGGUCAAGAAAGAAGUCGAAAAAUAUGAAAGACAAGAUAUUAUUGUUGAUGAUUCAGCAGAAGUUCGUAAAGUGGAAAUUUUUGAACUUCAAGUUAAAAGUUUGACUACAAAUUCAUGGAAAUUCUAUAUAUUUAGUAACGAUAUGUUUGAUUUAAAACACCCAAAUCGUGCAGCAGGUAAAAGACCUUCGGGAGUUCAUCAUUUAUCGAAAAUAAUACCUCCAAAGGACUGGAAAUUCGACAUUGGAUACGUUAACGAAUGGGUGACAGAUUUAAAACCCCGUGAAUUCAUACAUGAACGUUCCAUAGAAAACAACACAAUUAAAGUUCGCGACAAUGAAACAGAAGGUUGGAUUUACGAUUCAGCCCCAGAUCUGGACAUUUCAUUUGAAUUCAGACGGAGAAGGCUCUAUAGGGAAUGUUUUAGAUAUUCAAGACCAGCCAAGGAACCUAGUAGACUUUAGAUUUAUCUUUGAGGGUUCAGACCAUUAAAUAUUAAACCGAAAUAUACAUUCAUUCUU